GCCGCGACUGCAGCGCGCAGGGCAGCGCGCACCGCUCGGCGCAGCGCGCAGGGCCGCGAUCCGCGCAGGGCUCCGCGCAGCGCAGCGGGCCGCGGAUGCGGAGAUCGGGGCGGCCGAGGAGCCGCCAUGGGCCCCCGCGGCCCCGGCCCUGAGCCGCGCAGCGCGGCGCCCAGCCGUGCCCCGCCGAGCCGCGCAGGCUGCGCCGUGGCCAUGUCCGGAGGGGCGAGCCCGGCCCCGGCCCCUGGGAGCCGCCGCUUCGUCUGUGUUGGUGUCCCAAUUAAUGGAUUCUGACAUGGAUUAUGAGAGGCCAAACGUAGAAACCAUCAAGUGCGUCGUGGUCGGGGACAACGCGGUGGGCAAGACCCGGCUCAUCUGUGCCCGUGCCUGCAACGCCACCUUGACCCAGUACCAGCUCCUCGCCACCCACGUGCCCACGGUGUGGGCCAUCGACCAGUACCGCGUCUGCCAGGAGGUGCUGGAGCGCUCCCGGGAUGUGGUAGAUGAUGUCAGCGUGUCCUUGCGCCUCUGGGACACCUUUGGUGACCACCACAAGGACAGGCGCUUUGCCUACGGCAGGUCCGACGUUGUGGUUUUGUGCUUCUCCAUCGCCAACCCCAACUCCCUGCACCAUGUGAAGACCAUGUGGUACCCGGAGAUCAAACACUUCUGCCCCCGCGCCCCCGUCAUCCUGGUGGGCUGCCAGCUCGACCUGCGCUACGCCGACCUGGAGGCCGUCAACCGGGCACGGCGACCCUUGGCCAGGCCAAUUAAACCUAAUGAGAUCCUUCCCCCAGAGAAGGGCAGGGAGGUCGCCAAGGAGUUGGGGAUCCCUUAUUACGAGACGAGCGUGGUGGCCCAGUUCGGCGUCAAGGACGUCUUUGACAAUGCCAUCCGCGCCGCCCUCAUCUCCCGCCGCCACCUGCAGUUCUGGAAGUCCCACCUGCGCAACGUGCAGCGGCCCCUGCUCCAAGCCCCCUUCCUGCCCCCCAAGCCCCCUCCUCCCAUCAUCAUCGUCCCCGACCCCCCUUCCAACAACGAGGAGCGUCCAGCUCACCUUCUGGAGGACCCCCUGUGCGCGGACGUCAUCCUGGUGCUGCAAGAGAAGAUCAAAAUCUACGCACACAAGAUCUACCUCUCCACCUCCUCCUCCAAGUUUUACGACCUGUUCCUCAUGGACCUGAGCGAGGAGGACCAGCAGAGCACCGCGGGGCACGGCUUCGGGGUGGCCGUCACCGCGGCCGCCGAGCGGAUGCUGCACCAGGAGGAGAGGCACCACGGGCGGGAUUUCCUCCUGAGGGCCGCCAGCUUCGACAUCUGCGAGAGCGCCGAGGAGGCCGGACCCGGCCAGCGCAAACCGUGCCUUAGAGCCUCCACCAGUGACGGCAUCCUGCGGGGCGACCGCUACGAGAACGGCGAGCGCGGGCUGCGGCGGGGCCGGAACCUCUCCUCGUGGAGCAGGGCCUUCACCAGCAUCCAGGAGGAGAUGGCCGAGGACCCGCUGACCUACAAGUCCAAGCUGAUGGUGGUGGUGAAGAUGGACGCGUCCAUCCAGCCGGGUCCUUUCCGGGCCGUGCUGAAGUACCUGUACACGGGCGAGCUGGACGAGAACGAGCGGGACCUCAUGCACAUCGCUCACAUCGCCGAGCUGCUGGAGGUGUUCGACCUGCGCAUGAUGGUGGCCAACAUCCUCAACAACGAGGCGUUCAUGAACCAGGAGAUCACCAAAGCCUUCCACGUCCGGAGGACCAACCGGGUGAAGGAAUGCCUGGCCAAGGGGACUUUCUCGGAUGUCACCUUCGUGCUGGAUGACGGUGCUAUCAGUGCCCACAAGCCCCUGCUCAUCUCCAGCUGCGACUGGAUGGCCGCGAUGUUCGGCGGCCCCUUUGUGGAGAGCUCCACCAACGAGGUGGCACUUCCUCACACCAGCAAGAGCUGCAUGCGGGCGGUGCUGGAGUACCUGUACACGGGGCAGUUCAGCUCCAGCCCCGACCUGGACGACAUGAAGCUCAUCAUCCUCGCCAACCGCCUCUGCCUGCCGCACCUGGUGGCUCUCACAGAGCAGUACACGGUCACCGGCCUGAUGGAGGCGGCGCAGAUGAUGGUGGACAUCGAUGGGGACGUGCUCGUGUUCCUGGAGCUGGCUCAGUUCCACUGCGCCUACCAGCUCGCCGACUGGUGCCUGCACCACAUCUGCACCAACUACAACAACGUCUGCCGCAAGUUCCCCCGGGACAUGAAGGCCAUGUCGGGAGAGAACCAGGAGUACUUCGAGAAGCACCGCUGGCCGCCGGUGUGGUACCUGAAGGAGGAGGAUCACUACCAGCGGGCGAAGAAGGAGCGGGAGAAGGAAGACUACCUCCACCUCAAACGGCAGCCCAAGAGGCGGUGGCUCUUCUGGAACGCCUCCUCCUCCCCUUCUUCCUCUCCUUCAUCGUCGGCAGCCACAGCCUCCUCUUCCUCCUCCUCCUCCUCCUCCUCGGCUGUGGUUUGAAAGCCCCGUCCUUGCCCUGGCUCCAGCGUCCCUGGGAGGAGACGGGGAGGAGGAGGAGGAGGAGGAAGGGUGGGAUGCCCUGCCCCAGCGCCAGGCGUGGAGGGCACUGGCCCCGCAGCAGACGGCGGUGGCCGCGGGCGGUCGCUGGGGAGGGCUCAGCCCUGCUCUCCCCGCGGCAGGACUGGCAGAGCCCGAGCAGCAGGAGAAACUCACGUUUACAGGAGCACGAGGGCUGUGUUGUGGUUUCAUUUCAUGUGGAGUUUUUGUUGGAAAUCGGUUUUGUUUUUUGGAACAUCAUCAGCAUGAGGAAGAAGAAGAAGAAGAAGAAACACAUCCAGCUUCCACUUCGAUUUGGAACCAGAAGCUCUGGGAUGUGGUUUGGGUGUCUGAUGGCAUCUCACCACCUGGAGCCACCGUGGGGGUCCUGCCACCCCCCUGGACUGACAGCAGGGUCAGGCACAGGGCAGGGGACCCUGGUCCCCAAAUGCCUCCAGGCACUGCAGGAUUUCCUCUACAAGUGGGGUCUGUCCUAAUUCAGGGCACGGAGGGGACUGGAGUCCCCUCCUCCCUGUUCUUAACUCUUCAGUUUUGUUUAGACAGAAACUUAAAGCAAAAAAAAACCCCAAACCCAAACCCAGUCCCUCAAUCCGCCAUACCAGAAACCAACCCCAAGCCCUCGGCUUGGGAUUUUAGCCUGGAAGGCUCCAUUGUAAUAAAUGGUAUUUUAAAA